AAUCUAAUUAUCACUAACAGACAACUUCGUCGCACUCCAUUACCGGCGUUACUAACGUCGCGCUGACCCGACAACAGACUGUAUAACUGUUGCACAAUCUCCAAGGUCAGACAUGAUUUUUAACAGUUCCUUUUUAAAUAUUUCAUUCAUGUACGUAAAUUCUUCGGGAGCGAAUGACACCGGCAACGGCACCGCCGGUGAGGUGCAGAUGGUCUUCAAUUUCGCCGGCAUCAGUACCAUUAUCCUGCUGUUCCUCACCGUGUUUCUAAACGUCCUGGUGCUUUUCUUAUUCUACCGUAUUGGCAACAUGACCCGCAAACCAUUUAACGUGUUCAUGGUCAACCUGAUUGCCACGGAUUUGCUCUACUGUGUCUGGGAGGAUGUGUUUGAUAUCGGCAUCAAUAUCUGGCCUAACUACUGGAUGAACAAGACCCCCGCUAUUUGCUCGGUAUACUUGUACGCCAAUUACACCUUACAAGCUAUGGCAUGUAAUGCCCACAUGCUGAUCACCAUCAACCGCCUGUGGGCCAUCAUCUUCCCCAUAUCCUACAAGUCCAACCAGAAGGUCUCGGUGUUCGUGGCGAUCUGCGCGGCGGAAUGGAUCUACGUGCAUGUGGUUGUCUUCCCGGGUUUCUUCAUUGAUAUGUUGUACUACCGGAAGGAUUUGUACGAAACGGGCUGUGGUCUCAACUCGGAGGCACAACAAGCGUGGAGUGCGGCAUCCAUGAUUCUGCUGCUCGACGUGCCCUUGUCCAUCAUUGUUGGGGCGUAUCCGUUUAUACUGUACAAGCACCAGCGACGUCAAAAUGAGCUGCGCCGUCUCCACCCCACCCAGGUGACCCAGACAAACCAUGUGUCCAACAGUAAGGCAGGACAUCAGGGACAGAUAUCUCACAGCCAGCAUGUGGACCCAGAGGAAGGAGCGUCCACCGUGGCAACGGCCAACGGUAACAAGAAGAUGGGACGGAAAGUGGCUUUGCAGCCCAUGUUGAUACUAACCUUAUUGACCAUCAGCGUGGUCAUUUGCUGGACCCCAAAUGCAACGUUCUACAUGUAUUAUGCCUUUAAUGAGUCGAAUGACACGUUUGCGCCGCUCCAACCCUAUAUUAUUUUCUUGUUCAACGUGCAAAUCUUAAUGGAUCCGCUGCUGUUCCUCGUCGCUUUAAGUGAUCUGCGUGCCGGAUUGUUUGGACUAUUUGAGAAGCCGCUACGUUGGUUCCGAGAGAAAGGAUGCGCUUAAAUGCGACAUAGAGCGUAUGUGACCUUUAGUUAUUGCUUUACUUUUAGUUGAUGCAGAUGUUCUGCCAAUAUAUUAUGCUAAAAUGUGAUGAAUCAUAUUCCAUAUUCAUAAAGUACCUUGCUCACAGAAGUGUUUCUGGAUAAGCCGUGAGUUGACAUUGAAUUAUACUGUGUGUACGCUAGUUUUCAUUGUAGUGUGGUUGUGUGUAUAUAAUUACAAUGGAUUCGCACUUAACAAAUUGUUUUGGCUGAAUUUUGCUUCUUGGUGCUUGUCGUUAGCAUUGUUAUCUCUUGUACUUUUUGCAAAAGUUCACGGAGCUGUUUCAUAGCAAAUACGCACACCAUAUAUGCGCUAUAUGUGUCGAUGAUGGACCUUUUCAUUUCAGUAGAGCUUGUGCCGAGUAGUCGUGUAGAACAAUAUA